CAACUUAGCCUUCUCUUUGUGCAAAACCAAAAGCCAGAAGGCUGAUUGACUACUAUCAUGGAAUACAGGAUUGAGUCUUCUGAGUCUCUAAGGAAAAAGUGCACAGCCUGCUUCAGGCAAUUCAAUAAAAUGGAGCACCUUGUGGAUCACAUGAGAACAUCAUAUCACUCGGUUCAUGAGCCAAUUUGUGGAAUUUGCAAAAAACAUUGCAGAUGCUUUGACUCUCUAAGGGAACAUCUCAUAGGUCCAUUGCCAAAAGUAGAGUGUGCAAAGAUAUUCAGCAUCCAAGGAUGCAAUAUCUGCUUAGCUGUUCUUGACAGCCCCAGCGCCGUAUUAGUUCACCAACGAACAUGCCGACUCUUCCGUGCCUGCAUUCCCAACUUGAGCACAUAUGAUGAUUUGAAGAUUGAUAAUGGAAGAACUAGAGGCCAACAAGUAGUUGCACUGGCUUGCAAAUUGGUUGGUGGAGGUAGUGAUGGCUCCCUAGAUGUUUGUGCAAGGGUUUGCAUCAUUGAUGAAAAUGAAAACAUUAUCUUCCAUACUUAUGUUAAACCUCAUAUUAAAGUCACAAACUACAGGUAUGAGACAACAGGCAUAAGGCCGCAGGUCUUAAAAGAUGGAAUGCCACUUAGGCAAGUGCAGUGGAAACUUCAAGACUUCCUGUGCAAUGGGGAACCCAUGUGGAAGAUUCAACCUAGAGGUGGAAAAGCAAGGAUUCUUGUUGGUCAUGAUUUGGAUCGUGAUCUCCGCAGCUUGGGAAUGGAGUAUCCAGCAGUCAUGAUCAGGGACACAGCAAAAUAUCCACCAUUGAUGAAAACAAGCAAGCUUACCAACUCACUCAAGUACCUUACUCAAACAUACCUCGGGUAUGAUAUUCAAACAGGCAUACAAGAUCCUUAUGAGGACUGUGUUGCAACUAUGAGACUUUACACGAGAAUGAGAUCCCAAGUUCAUAAGAUGGAAGACUACCCACUUGCAACUGACUCACCAAACAGAAAUAAUUUUGCAUCAUGGAGGCAAAGUGAGCUCGAGAAGAUGACCCCAGAUGAAAUGUUGGAGAUUUCAAGGUCUGAUUACUAUUGCUGGUGCUUGGAUUGCAAGUGAAGUGCCUGAAUAGAAAAAGAAACUGUUUGAAGAUGGCCUAAAUAGACUAAUGAAAGAUAUUUCCUAAUGUAUGAUUAGACAUAAAAAUAAAGUAAGGGAAGUAUGUCAUUCCUGCUUGAUGCUAGUUGCUUGAAUCAUGUGAACAAAAUUCACCUACUACUACAGAACAUGAUAUUUAAGUUAAUAAAUUAAUAAUGUUCCCAGCCU